GAAUUCAGUCAAUGUGAAAAAAUAAAAACAGAAAAAAAUAUUGAAAAUUCGUGUUUUUGAUAAAUUCUGCUAGUUUUUAAGUAAACUUUAAUCCAAAGAUGUAUUGGAUAUCAACCACAGAACGUGUUAAACUUAAUUAUGCUAUGACAACAGUAGCAGCAAUCGUAGUUUAUACAUUUUUCGUUCAAUUUGUGCCGCAAAAGUUAUGGCUUUCUGUACUUUUCUUCAUUGUUGGAGAAUGCUUAAAAGUUUUCAUUGUCCAGAAACUUUAUAAGCUUGACACAACUAAUAACAUGGAAGGGGUACUAAAGCGAAGGCGAAAUAACAAAGUCAUGGAGAGUCUGAAGUUUGGAUUUGUUAUGAGUCUUACAGUCUUUUUCUUUGCGUUUAUUUGCAUAAUCUUGGGAGCACCGGCACUUGAGAAAUACCUUGAAACCUUCACAUUGUCAGCAUUACUCACAGGAAUCACAUUAUUUCCAAUAUCCUUGUUCAUCGGCGUCAGUGGAACUAUCUCAAUUCUAAUGACCGAGUCAUUUGAUCUCAGCAAUGUUACCGCACAAGCCUUCUUGAAGCUAUUGAAACGCAAUGCAUAUCUAGUCAUUUUUGGAGCAUUCAUUGGCAGUGUUGUAUUCCCAUUAGAUUGGGACCGUCCAUGGCAAAUAUAUCCAAUUCCUAAUAUUGUUGGUGCCGUCACUGGACAAAUGCUUGGAUCAUUCUAUUGUCUUGUUGAAACUAUGGUUAAGCAUAAGCUUGGCAAGAAGCAGCAUUAAACUUACAAUUAGCUUAAUUAUCAUUCAAGUCACUAGCCGCUUUAGAAAUUUAAGGUAGAAUUUACUUACAUUUUGUGUCCUUAAGCAUUUUUGUGUGGCGUUUAUUAAAUUUUGACUCUAAGGCUUAACCAA